AAAGAUGAAAGUUACCUUAUCAGCCUUGGAUACUUGUGAGGAUUCUUUCACACCAUUAGUAGUCAUAGAACUUGCUCAGGAUGUCAAAGAGGAAACCAAAGAAUGGCUGAAAAACAGAAUUAUUGCCAGAAAGAAAGAUGGAGAUAACAACAGUGAUUUCCUCACAAUGGCAGAAUGUCAGUUCAUUAUCAAGCAUGAACUUGAGAAUCUUAGAGCCCGAGAUGAAAGAAUGAUCCCUGGGUAUCCCCAGGCAAAACUGUACCCAGGAAAAUCACUGCUGAGAAGACUGAUCACCUCUGGUAUUGUGAUUCAGGUGUUCCCCCUGCAUGAUAACGAAGCCCUAAAGAAGCUUGAGGAUACCUGGUACACACGGCUUGCCUUGAAGUAUCAGCCCAUAGACAGUAUCCGUGGCUACUUUGGGGAGACAAUUGCCCUUUACUUUGGAUUUUUGGAGUAUUUCACCUUAGCCUUGAUCCCCAUGGCCGUUAUCGGGUUGCCUUACUACAUGUUUGUGUGGGAAGACUAUGACAAGUAUGUGAUCUUCGCCUCCUUCAACCUGAUCUGGUCCACGGUGAUCCUGGAGGUGUGGAAGCGUGGCUGUGCCAGUAUGACCUACCGGUGGGGCACGCUGGUCAUGAAGAGGCAGUUUGAGGAGCCCCGGCCAGGCUUUCAUGGGGUCCUGGGUGUCAAUCCUGUCACCGGCCGGGAGGAACCACUCUAUCCCAGCUACAAGAGGCAGAUUCGCAUUUACCUGGUCUCUCUGCCCUUUGUGUGCCUCUGCCUCUACUUCUCUCUGUACGUCAUGAUGAUUUACUUCGACAUGGAGGACUGGGCCAUGGGACUGCACGAGAGCAGUGAGUCUGAGUGGACCGGGAUCUUACUGUACGUGCCCAGCAUCAUCUAUGCCAUUGUGAUCGAAAUCAUGAACCGCCUGUAUCGCUACGCAGCAGAGUUUUUAACUUCGUGGGAGAAUCACAGAUUGGAAUCUGCCUACCAGAAUCAUCUAAUUCUGAAAGUUCUAGUGUUCAACUUUCUAAAUUGCUUUGCCUCACUCUUCUACAUUGCCUUUGUCCUGAAGGAUAUGAAGCUGUUGCGUCAGAGCUUGGCCACCCUCCUGAUUACCUCACAGAUCCUUAACCAAAUUGUGGAGUCUCUGCUUCCUUAUUGGCUUCAAAAGAAGCACGGUGUGCAGGUGAAGAAGAAGCUGCAGGCUUUAAAGGCAGACAUCGACGCGACGCUGUACGAGCAAGUCAUCCUGGAAAAAGAAAUGGUGACCUAUCUGGGUACGUUUGAUGAUUAUUUGGAAUUAUUCCUCCAGUUUGGUUACGUGAGCCUUUUCUCCUGCGUCUACCCUCUUGCAGCUGCCUUCGCAGUGCUGAACAACUUCACCGAGGUCAACUCGGACGCCUUAAAAAUGUGCAGAGUCUUCAAACGGCCAUUUUCAGAGCCCUCCGCCAGUAUUGGUGUAUGGCAGUUGGCUUUUGAAACAAUGAGUGUCAUAUCUGUGGUCACCAACUGUGCCCUGAUUGGAAUGUCACCGCAAGUGAACGCAGUCUUUCCAGAGUCAAAAGUGGACCUGAUUUUGAUCGUAGUAGCAGUAGAGCACGCCCUUCUGGCUUUAAAGUUCGUCGUUGCAUUUGCCAUACCUGAUAAACCGAGGCACAUCCAGAUGAAACUGGCCAGGUUGGAGUUUGAGUCCUUGGAAGCCCUCAAGCAUCAGGAACCUUGUUCCCAGGAGGCAGGUCCUGGGAGCCCUGACGUCAUCCCCGGGCUGGACCGGAUCUGCUCCGAGAGGCCUGGUCAGGAGGUGGUGGGAGAUGGCACCGAGUGGCUGCCACAGCAGAUGGGGUUUGUCCUGGUCCCCUGA